AUGAAGACAUAUUUCAUUGUCGGACGUAUACAAGACGUUGAUAAUAGCACCACGAAUAAAACAGUCUCAUAUUCUGAUUCAAUGCGUGAUGCAAUUUCAUCAGAAACACAGAUGAAUCGGUCACAAAUAAGCUUCAGAAAGAAGUUAAGUAAUAAACUUAAAAUGAUACCUAUCGAACGGCAUAGUGGAAGUUUAAAGAUGGAAAUGUUAAAAAGAAAAGGCGAAAGUAAUUCGGUACAGAUUCUCCAUCACAGCGAAUGCUUAGAUAAGAAUGGUAACAACAAAUCAUCACCAACAGUUGAUGGAAGGCGUAAAUCUGCUUCAUUGCAAGCUUUACCAUUUGAUGAUAUUAAGCCACUAAAUAUGCAUGAAAGAAUCAUCACUGAAGCAUCACGUGAAUACAUGAGUGGAAGCAGUAUACGUGGAUCAAAAAGUUCAGGAUUACAGGAUUCAACUUCGGAUACAUUUUCAUGUGCAAUUGAUACUACUAUAUUGCAUCAUCGAAAUGCUCCAUCACUAACGCGCUUUGAAACAGAAGAUCGUGAUUUUGAUGAACGUCUUGCUACAGUAAUACAAAAUGCUGAUAUCAACGUUAGUCGUGGUUUCUGGAUGCAUGAUGACUCUUUGAAUAAAUGGACUUUACGAUUUAAAGAAUUUGAAAUUGAACAGCGCUAUCGAGCACAUUUUGCUGAAUCAUUUGACUGCCAGUGGUCUGGUCAUGAUGUAGAACGGCGUAAAAACGUAACCCUAAACGAAAAUCUUGAAAGCACAUCUCAGUACCGUUAUUCGGGUGUCACCGUGGAUAUAUUAGUUUCUGGUAUUUUACUUCUUGUUUCUUCUGCAGUAAUUUUUAUCUCCGGCACGUUCAGUACUAUUUUUAUUAUUUACUUCGUGAUUGCAUUUAUCGCUACUGUAUUCGUUAUUGUUAUAAUUGGCAUACCGUUAGUUAGAAGUCGUACAGUUUUCCCGUUUCUUAUUCGUUGGACAUCAUGUCACGUAAUUGGAUUGAUACUCAUUCUGUUGCCGGCGGGUGUUGCAUUGACCAUAGUACCUAUAUGUAAUAAUUUAGCUUCCCAGGAACAUACAUGUGUUUCACCAAAUUUGCUUACUCAGCGGAUUUUGUUUUCUUACAUAUUUCUUGUUGCAUUGUUUGCGCAUUGCAAUUUUUCACAACUUUCUACUUGGCCAAAAACAGCUCAAGCACUGUUAAUUGGGAUUAUAUUUCUACUCCUUACAUACCUUUGUCAGUCUCAUAUCGGUAUGCUAAUCGAACGGUCAUCGAAUAACUCAAGCAAUGAACCACGUUUCUGCAAUGGUAGUGUACCAUUGUGGGCAUUGGGACGACUUGGCUCUCCCAUUAAUGUGCCAGAAAUUUUAGUUGAUAUAUUUUUAGUCGUUGUGCUGGUUGCUUUUCUUAAUUAUCAGUUCGAAGCAGCAUUUCGGAUGUCCUUCUACGGUGAUGAACAAGCUCGACGUGAUACACAACAGAUGCAAGCCGUACGAGAUCAGGCUGACUGGUUGUUAACAAAUAUAAUCCCACAACAUGCUAUUGAUUCUCUCAAAUCAAGUACCAAAUAUUCAGAAAAUCACGCGUUAACAGCAGUACUUUUCGCCACCAUCACCAAUUGGAAUGAAAUGUACGAAGAAACUUUCGAAGGCGGUAGAGAAUUUUUACGAGUAUUGAACGAAAUUAUUGGUGAUUUUGAUGAACUGCUGGAUAGGGCAGACUUUUCACAAGUGGAAAAAAUUAAAACUAUUGGGCCAACAUACAUGGCAGCAGCAGGAUUAAAUCCUGAUCGAAGGCGAUUAGCACUGCAUCCUUAUGAACAUCUCUAUCAAGUAAUUUUUGAAUCUCAAACAUGUUAA